CUUCCUUUCAGAUUAAAAAAAUAUGCCUUUUCUCAACUCUUCAGAAGAUGUCAUUGAUUGUUCUGAAUUUGGAAAUGGAUCCUGUCCUGAGAAUCUCAAGCCAGCGGGCAUUCGGGGAGCCAUGUAUAUAACAAUAAGUGGAGUCAUCAUUGUCACAGUCCUUGGGAACUUGGCAAUCAUAAUAGCAAUUUCUUACUUCAGACAGCUGCAUUCCCCAGCUAAUUUCCUCAUCCUCUCCAUGGCAGUGACUGACUUCCUUCUUGGCUUCUUCAUUAUGCCCUAUAGCAUGGUUAGAUCUGUGGAAAACUGCUGGUAUUUUGGGAUGACCUUUUGCAAAAUCCACUACAGCUUUGACCUGAUGCUCUGUUUGGCUUCUGUCUUCCACCUUUGCUGCAUUGCUGUUGAUCGUUUCUAUGCCAUUUGUUACCCUCUUCAUUACUCAUGCAAAAUUACUAUCCCAGUGAUCAGGCAAUUGAUUGUCUUUUGUUGGUCAGUGCCAGCUUCUUUUGCUUUUGGUGUGGUUUUCUCCGAAGUGUAUGCUUCUGGCAUCAAGAGUUAUGAGAUCUUAGUUGCAUGCUCCAGUUCUUGUCCAAUUAUUUUCAAUAAACUAUGGGGAACUAUUCUGUUCUUAUUUGGUUUGUUCAUUCCUGGCUCUGUGAUGAUCGGAAUUUAUGCAAAAAUAUUCAAGGUGUCCAAAAAACACUCAAGGCUCAUCAGAAGCAAGCCUGAAAGUUCAGAAGAUGAAAAACACAAGAAGAUUUCCAGAAAUAAAGACAUCAAAGCUGCCAAAACCUUGAGCAUUGUGAUGGGAGUUUUCCUCUUUUGUUGGUGCCCCUGUUUUGUCACAAUUUUAAUUGAUCCUUUUAUAGAUUUUUCAACACCUGCUGUGUUAUUUGAUGCUUUAAAUUGGUUUGGCUACUUCAACUCCACUUGUAACCCAUUAAUAUAUGGAUUUUUUUACCCAUGGUUUCAGAAAGCACUCAGAUACAUUAUUUCAGGAAAGAUAUUUCAACCACAUUUCUAUACAGCUAAUCUGUUCCAUGAGCAUCGUUAA